AUGGGUGCCAUCAAUUGCAUCUCAAACCAAACCAAACCAAACCAAGAAGGCGACACACGCAACAAAACCCUAGAACACAUGGAGUCCCUGAGCAAAGCCUCAUUCCUCUUACUCCCUCUCUUGUUGCUUUCCCUGUUCAGACAUUCCCAUGGUGCAGGAAUCGCUGUGUACUGGGGUCAAAACGGUGGAGAAGGCACCUUAGCAGAUACUUGCAACACACAAAACUUCCAAUUUGUGAACAUAGCUUUUUUGUCCACUUUUGGCAAUGGCCAAACCCCUCAACUGAACCUUGCAGGCCACUGUGACCCCCUCAACAAUGGGUGCACAGGGUUGAGCAGUGACAUCACAACUUGCCAAAACGGUGGCGUCAAAGUGUUGCUCUCCCUUGGAGGUAGUGCUGGAAGCUACUCCCUCAACUCAGCUGCGGAAGCCACUCAACUUGCAACCUACCUUUGGAACAAUUUUCUUGGAGGACAAUCUGAUUCAAGACCAUUAGGUGAUGCAAUAUUGGAUGGCAUUGACUUUGACAUUGAGUCUGGUGGGGGAGAACAUUGGGAUGAACUAGUGAAGGCACUGAAUGACUUAAGUUCCCAAAGAAAGGUGUACUUGUCUGCAGCCCCACAGUGCAUAAUCCCUGAUCAACACUUGAAUUCUGCCAUCCAAACUGGACUUUUUGACUAUGUGUGGGUUCAGUUCUACAACAAUCCUUCGUGCCAAUACUCCAGUGGAAAUACCAACGACUUGAUCAAUUCAUGGAACCAAUGGAUCACUGUGCCAGCCACGCAAGUCUUCAUGGGACUUCCUGCAUCAGAAGCAGCUGCUCCAAGCGGUGGUUUUAUCCCUUCUGAUGUGUUAAUUUCUCAGGUUCUUCCUCAGAUAAAACAGUCUUCAAAGUAUGGAGGAAUCAUGCUCUGGGAUAGAUUCAAUGAUAUCCAGAAUAGUUAUAGCAACGCUAUUGUUGGAAGCGUUAAUUAG